ACCAGGGGUAGACGGCGCAGUGGGGUAAGGUCUUCCUGUCCUAGGAAGAAAUCGGUGGCUGCGGGAGGUCUCCGCGGACUGGGACUCGAUCCUGACAGACCCGGCAGUAUGGGUGGGUGAGAGGGAGGGCCUCAGAGGGGGAACCUGGGGCGUAGACCCGAUCUGCCGGAUCCCCAGGCGCGCGUGUGCGCGGGAAGCAGAGGAGGGAAGUUUGUGCGAUCAUGAGUGACGGAGGGGACUGUGUGUGUGCAGGAGGCCCUGUGCACAGGACCGGAAGGUCGUGUGGACGCAGCGCGUUUUGCUGGGGCUGUGUGAGUGUCACUGUGCUGGUGGUUCUAGGCUGCUGCUGCUUCCUCCGUUUUUCCCCUUCACAGCUGCGGAGGCUGCAGCAGAGGAAUGGCCCCAGCAGGGAGGUCAGAUAUUGAGCCGAGAAUGAAGCUUUCCACAAGAAGGCGCAGAUCGGUGUUCGGGGUGGGAAUCUGAGAGCUGAAAGUGCCUCGAGGGUCCCCCAGAAGGGCAGCUACAUGUUGAGUACCCAGCGUCCCUCAGAGCUCUGUCCCCAGGAACCAGCUUUGAACUCGGACCGAUUCCUCCUCCUUUUAUUUCCUUCUCAUUUCGUAAGAAGUGAGGGAAGUUGUGGCCCUGGAGGGUGCUUUCAAACUUAAUCUGCUCUCCAAGAAAAGCCUGGAGCCUCACGCUUGCCAUAUCCUUUCCCAGUCGUGCAAUUAUCCAAAAGAAGUACCGGAAGGAGGAUGAUAGCGUUAUUGUUUCACACUUAAAAGUUAACACUAUCAUGCCUUGCCCCACUGCACCCAAUCCUGACUUCACAAAAAGGUUCUGGUUUGGAUGAUGUGAUCCCUUCUCAGCUCUGAAAGGUGGGACUAGGGCAGGAGGAUUGCUUACAGCAGGAUCAGAGGCCCAGUCCUAGGCCAAGGUAGGUAUCCUAAGAGUGGAGGACGGGUUGGAAGCCUUCCUGCUGGAGUGUCUUUUGAGCAACUUCAAGACAGAAAUGCCUGUGCUGUGCAUUCAUACUUGUGCCACAGGUACCCUGGAAUUUAGGCGAGAGCUUGGUUUCAUCCACACUCCACCUGUUCACUGCCAGUUUAUUUGUGACAGGGUGUGUUCAGGGAAAAGGGGAGUGAUGGGAGAGGGUUGGAAGUGUGUGUGUUAGCAGGGGUAGUUGAGAAAUAGGAAUGAAGGAUAAAAUAGUUAUUUGCUUCAGUGCUAUGGGAGCAUUGAGACAGAGCCUGACUUACAGCCUUUGUUGUUGUUUUCCAGGGGAGAAGCCCAAGGAAGAUUAAACAAUUUUGUAAUUCUGAAAACAUGGUCCAUGGAUCAGUGACAUUCAGGGAUGUGGCCAUCGACUUCUCUCAGGAGGAGUGGGAGUGCCUGCAGCCUGCUCAGAGGACCUUGUACAGGGAUGUGAUGCUGGAGAACUACAGCCACCUGAUCUCACUGGGAAGUUCCGUUUCUAAACCAGAUGUGAUUACGUUACUAGAGCAAGAGAAAGAGCCCUGGAUGGUUGUAAGGAAAGAAACAAGCAGAUGGUAUACAGAUUUGGAGUCAAAAUGUGGACCUGAGAAAAUAUCUCCAGAAAAUGAUAUUUCUGAAAUAAAUUUACCAAAACAGGUUAUAAAGCAAAUAAGUAAAACACUUGGCCUUGAGGCCUUUUAUUUUAGAAAUGUCUUAGAAUAUAGAAGUAGAUUUGAGGGACUACAGGGACAUCAAGAAGGAUAUAUCAAUAUCAAUCAGAAGAUGAUCAACUAUGAAGAAAUGCCGACUUAUCCUCAUGCUUCUCUUAUUCACAAUACACAUAAACCAUAUGAAUGUAAGGAAUGUGGGAAAUACUUUAGUUGUGGUUCACAUCUUAUUCAGCAUCAAAGUAUUCAUACUGGAGAGAAACUCUAUAAAUGUAAAGAAUGUGGGAAAGCCUUUCAACUUCACAUACAACUUACUCGACAUCAGAAAUCUCAUACUGGUGGGAAACCUUUUGAAUGUAAGGAAUGUGGAAAAGACUUUAAUCUUUCCAUCCAGCUUAAUCGCCAUAAGAACAUUCACACAGGUGAGAAACUGUUUGAAUGUAAGGAAUGUGGGAAGUCCUUUAAUCGUAGCUCAAACCUUACUCAGCAUGAAAGUAUUCAUGCUGGUGUAAAACCUUAUCAGUGUAAGGAGUGUGGGAAAGCCUUUAAUCGUGGUUCAAAUCUUAUUCAGCAUCAGAAAAUUCAUUCCAAUGAGAAACCCUUUGUAUGUAGGGAAUGUGAGAUGGCCUUUCGAUAUCAGUACCAACUUAUUGAACAUUGCCAAAUUCAUACUGGUGAGAAACCCUUUGAAUGUAAAGAAUGCAGGAAGGCCUUUACUCUUCUGACAAAGCUUGUUCGACAUCAGAAGAUUCAUACAGGUGAGAAGCCCUUUGAAUGUAGAGAAUGUGGAAAGGCCUUUAGUCUUCUCAACCAGCUAAAUCGCCAUCAGAACAUUCACACAGGUGAAAAACUAUUUAAAUGUAAUGAAUGUGGGAAGUCCUUCAACCGUAGCUCAAACCUUAUCCAACAUCAGAGUAUUCAUGCUGGUGUAAAACCAUAUGAAUGUAAGGAGUGUGGGAAAGGUUUUACUCGUGGUGCAAAUCUUAUUCAGCAUCAAAAAAUUCAUUCCAAUGAGAAACCCUUUGUAUGUAGGGAAUGUAAGAUGGCCUUUAGAUAUCAUUACCAACUUAUUCAACAUUGCCAAAUUCAUACUGGUGGGAAGCCCUUUGAAUGUAAAGAAUGUGGAAAGGCCUUUAGUCUUCUGACACAGCUUGCUCGACAUAAGAACAUUCAUACUGGUGAGAAACCAUUUGAAUGUAAAGACUGUGGGAAGGCCUUCAAUCGUGGCUCAAACCUUGUUCAACAUCAGAGUAUUCACACUGGUGUGAAGCCCUAUAAAUGUAAGGAGUGUGGGAAGGCUUUUAGACUUCACCUACAGCUUUCUCAGCAUCUGAAAACUCAUGCAGGCGAGAAACCCUUUGAAUGUAAGGAAUGUGGGAAAUUUUUUCGUCGUGGUUCAAAUCUUAAUCAGCAUCGAAGUAUUCAUACCGGAAAGAAACCCUUCGAGUGUAAGAAAUGUGGGAAAGCCUUUCGACUUCAUAUGCACCUUAUUCGACAUCAGAAAUUGCAUACUGGUGAGAAACCCUUUGAAUGUAAGGACUGUGGCAAGGCCUUCAGUCUUCCCAUCCAGCUUAAUCGCCAUAAGAAAAUUCACUCAGGUAGGAAGCCAUUUAAAUGUAAGGAAUGCGGGAAGUCCUUUAAUCGUGUCUCGAACCUUGUUCAACAUCAGAGUAUUCAUGCUGGUGUAAAACCAUAUGAAUGUAAGGAGUGUGGGAAAGCCUUUAACCGUGGUUCAAACUUUAUUCAGCAUCAGAAAAUUCAUUCCAGUGAGAAACCCUUUGUAUGUAAGGAAUGUCAGAAAACCUUUAGAUAUCAUUACCAGCUUAUUGAACAUUGCCGAAUUCAUACUGGUGAGAAACCCUUUGAAUGUAAAGAAUGUGGAAAAACCUUUAAUUUUCUGACACAGCUUGCUCAACAUCAGAUUAUUCAUUCUGGUGAGAAGCCAUUUAAAUGUAAGGAGUGUGGGAAGGCCUUCACUUGGGGCUCAACCCUUGUUCAACCUCAGAGUAUUCAUACUGAUGAGAAACUCUAUGAAUGUAAGGAGUGUGGGAAGGCUUUUAGACUUCACCUGCAACUUUCUUGGCAUCAAAAACUUAUACAAGUGAGAAACUCUUUGAAUGUAAGGACUAUGGAACAACCUUCAGAUAUCAGUACCAACUUACUGAACAUCAGAAAAUUCAUACUAGGGUGAAAACCUUUGAAUGUAAGGAAUGUGGGAAGACCUUUUGAUAUCAUUAUCAAUUUCUUGGACAUUAUGGAAUUCAUGCUGGUGAGAACCCUUACGAAUGUCAAGAAUGUGGGAAAUGCUUUACUGGUGGUAGAAACCUUAGAGUACAUCAGAGAAUUAAUACUGGUAAGAAAGCAUAUCAAUGUGAAGAACGUGGGAAAGCCUUUAGUCAUAGUUCAAAUCUUGUUCAACAUGUUAAAAUUCAUACUGAUGAGAAACCCUAUGAAUGUAAGGAAUGUGAAAAGGGCUUUUGUAGUAAUUACGAACUUACUCUACAUCUAAGAAUCCAUAUUGCUCAGAAACCCUGUGAAUGUAAGGAAUGUGAGAAAACUUAGAUUUUGCUCAGUCUUUACUGCACAUCAAAGAAUUUAUACUAGUAUGAACCCUAUGAAUGUAAAGAAUGUGGAAAGACCUUUAGUUGUAGCUUGAGCGUUGUUCAACAUGUUAAACUUCAUACUGGUGAGCAACCCUGUGAAUGUGAAUGUAAAGGAUGUGGGAAGACCUUUAGACUUGGUUCAGUCGUUUCUGCACAUCACAGAAUUCAUACUGGCAUGAAACCCUAUGAAUGUAAAGAACAUGGGCAAGCCUUUACUGUAAAUGGUCAGCUUACUCGACAUCAGAAAAUUCGUAAUAGUUAGAAGUUUUGUGAAUAUAAGGAGUGUGGACAAGCCUCCACUGUGUAUGAAAAAUUUACUCAACACCAGAAAAUUCACAUUAAUGAGAAAUCCUGUGAACAUAAAAGAAUGUGUGAAGAACUUUCAUCAUGGCGUGGGAUUUGCUCAACAUCAGAGUAUUCAUACUGCUGAGAAAUCUUUUGAGUUUAAGAAUGUGGGAUGUUUUAUAGCCACACUAAAUGCCUUAGAGUUCAGAGAAGAUAAUUUUGGUGAGAAAGAUUGACAAGAGGAAUGUAGAGUAACUGCCAUGUUCACAGUUUACUGCCCAUGAAGUGUUUUACUGGAUUCAGGCAUACCUUGCUUAAUUGUUCAUUGUAGUUACUGCAUUUUAUACACAUUGAAGGUUUGCAGCAACCCUGCAGUGAAUAAGUCAAUCAGCACCAUUUUCCAAACAGCAUGUGCACAUCUUGUGUCUUUGUGUCACACUUUAGUAGUUUUUAUAAUAUUUCAAACUUUUUCAUUGUUAUAUCUGUUAUGGUGAUCUAUGACCAGUGUUUUCUGAUGUUACUAGUGUGAUUGUUUUGGGAUACCACAAAUCCUGCCCAUAAAAGAUGGUGAACCU